UUCGAGGAGGCGAGAUGUGAAUCGUAAAUUUUAGACGAGAACUCUUCUCUCUCGCUCGCUCUCUCCUUCCAAUUCGUCACACCGGUUGUCCCAAUGACGGCGAUCUCCCCGUCCCCGCCGUCAAGCAUUUUUGCCGCUCCCGGUCGCCGCUUCUUUGAUCGGCGAUACCCUCUCCUUCGGCGCUGCUCCACCGCGCCGCGUCUCGCUGUCUCAUCCCGCCUCUUCUCCUCUCGAUCCUCUCGCUCCGGUACCAACGGAUUCCUCGAAGACCCACCUCCAUCUUCCUCCGGAGGGGAUGUGCUGCACGCCGGACCACCUCCUUCGCCGCGGUCUGCCGAAGGAGUGCCGGUGUUCGUUACACUCCCUGCGAAUGUCGUGGGUCCGGGGGGCCGGAUAGUGAAUCGGAAGGCGAUGCUGGCGUCAUUGAAGGCCCUCUCGCUGGCUGGUGUGGAGGGGGUCGUCGUGGAAUUCUGGUGGGGGAUCGUUGAACGGGACAAUCCUGGUGUCUAUGAUUGGAGUGGCUAUGCGGAUUUGGUGUCAAUGGCCAGCCGCCAUGGCCUCAAGGUUAGGGCUAUCAUGGCUUUCCAUCAGUGCGGGUCGGGACCUGGUGAUCCUUGCUGGAUUCCUCUUCCCCAAUGGGUGCUUAAAGAAAUGGAUAGAGAACCAGAUUUAGCUUAUUCAGAUAGGUAUGGACGAAGGAACAAAGAGUACAUCUCAUUAGGUUGUGAUAAUCUUCCCGUUCUGAAGGGUCGAUCACCCAUUCAAACUUACUCAGAUUUUAUGAGGAGCUUCCGAGAUACUUUUAAGCACUUUCUUGGAAUUGUAAUAACAGAGGUCCAAGUAGGGAUGGGUCCUGCUGGUGAACUCAGAUAUCCUUCAUGUCCAUCUGAGAAGCUAAAGCGACCAAGCAGUCCUCCUGAACUUGGUGAAUUUCAGUGCUACGACAAGAAUAUGCUUGCAUCACUGAGAGCAUGUGCACAGAAUAUUGGCAUGCCUGAAUGGGGCUACGGCGGCCCUCUUGGUGUUAGCAACUUGACGCAGAAUCCAGAAGAGACAAGUUUCUUCAGGAGUAAUGGUUCAUGGAAUUCAGACUACGGAAAAUUUUUUCUAGAAUGGUAUUCAGGACUGCUCCUGCUUCAUGGAGAGAUAUUAUGCAUGGCAACAACUGCAAUAUUUCUGCAAACCGGCGUAAAGAUUUUCGCAAAAGUAGCAGGGAUCUACUGGCAUUAUCUUACCUGUUCCCAUCCAUCUGAAUUAACUGCUGGCUAUUACAACACUAUAACCAGAGAUGGCUACCUUCCUUUAGCACGUUUGUUCGGUAAAUAUAAAAUGAUUUUGUGUUGCUCAUGCUUUGACAUCCAGGAUCCUGAGGAGCUCAAAGGUUCCAAGAGCAGCCCAGAAGGUUUUCUGAGACAACUCGUCUAUGCUGCUAGAAUGCAUAACUUACCACUCUCAGGUGAAAAUUCUGGAACCAUAUUAGAUGAUAAAUCACUAGACCAAGUUAUUAAGAGUUCCAGGCUCUCCUCUGCUGGUGCUUAUGAGUCUUCCUUGUCCUUCAACUAUGUUCGAAUGGAUCGACAUUUAUUCGACCCUCAUAAUUGGCCUCGAUUCACUCGGUUUGUGAGGCAGAUGUCAAAUGCCAGGACUUUCCAAGCUAAGUUAGAUUUUAGAGGAAGGGAUCAGUACCUUUCUUCUUGCUCUGCAACUGAGGAAGUCAAAAGAUCUUUUGCUUUUUAUUGAGAAGAUUCUCCAUUUUCAUGCGGAAAUAGUACCAUAGUUAGUUGGAAUGGGGCUGCUAUUACUGUUCCCAUCCCUUCACCUUUUAGAGAUUCUUCUGCCAUAUUUUUUCUGUUGCUGAAAAUGAUCCAAGCAUUGUUUGUAAGCUAUAUCUUAUUCAGAAGCUCUUGAAAGGUUAGUUUCUUUGUUACUGUUGGAUUGGGCUAAUGAAUCUAUUAUUUGAGCACUCAAGUUGUACUGAUGUAAUGUAGGUACAAUUUGUUUAUUAAAAUUAUUUAAUUGUUAUUUUUGCUAUCAUCA